AGAGGAGCGAGGCGAGCUCUCUGCUGUCCGUUGUAAACAUCGAGCUGUGGCCCAUUGCUUCGGCUUCACUGUAUUGUUUUUGGUGUUCAACACCACAUUUAUUUCUGUCUCGUAAAUCAGCGGCCUAAAGAUGCACAUCAAGUCUAUUAUUCUUGAAGGAUUUAAGUCCUACGCUCAGAGGACGGAAAUAAACGGAUUUGACCCUCUGUUUAACGCCAUCACUGGACUGAACGGCAGCGGCAAGUCGAAUAUUUUGGACUCGAUUUGUUUCCUUCUGGGUAUUUCUAAUCUUACUCAUGUAAGUACACGACCCAUUAUAACAAUAUUAAGCUUUAAAAUGACCCAUUUACAGUACAUGUUGUGUUGUUUGACAGUUGUGGAAAGUAUAUAACUACGUUUACUCCUUACUGUUACCAAUUGAGAUGCUUUUGUGAGUAGUUUAAUAUCAGCACUUAUACUUUUACGCCAUAUUUAUGUUUAACAUAUCUGCUACAGUUUACACAUAAUUAGUUCAAAAUAAGAAGCUUAAAAAAUGAAAGCUUUACAUGGACUGCAUGGCAGAUACUGUUGGGAUAAUGUCUGUGCUGCCAAACACUGUCUUACCAACUUCAUUUGUCUCUGCUCAAAAUACCUCUGUGCACUGAAAUUAAGUGUCAAGAUAUUUCAAGCCAAAUCAAAGUCAUAGGUCCUUAUUUCUGUCUUGCAAUGACAAUGCCUUCUGUACAGUCUGCAGGUACUUCUUGUAGCUUGACACUCUCCCAACCUGCAAAAUGAUUUGAUCUCAGUCAAGUGUAAACUCUCUAAACUGUUUAAUUUUACUUGACAGGUGCGAGCUUCCAAUCUCCAGGACUUGGUUUACAAAAAUGGACAGGGCGGUAUUACAAAAGCCACUGUGUCUAUAACCUUUGACAACACCAACAAAAGCCAGAGUCCUCUUGGAUUUGAGACCCAUGAUGAGAUCACCGUAACCAGACAGGUACCCUAAGACAGUGGUUCUCAACAGGUCUCACUCUGGGACCCACAUUUUCCCAUGGUCCUUGAGUAGCGACCCACUUUUAUCGAAUUCAAACCAAGCAAAUUUAUUUUUUAUUUAACAAAAAUAACAUCUUUAAAGGCUCUAAUCUUUAACAUAAAUCCACUUGUUUUAUUGAGUAAGGUGCAUUUCCGAGCACAUGAAGGGGACAACAUGAGGACGACAACUACUGAAGUUACAUAUACAGAAAAUAUCAAAUAUCUACCCACUUUUGGGUUGGGACACACCAGUUGAGAACCACUACCCUAAGAAAUAUUUGUGGAGUAGUUUUUGAAGCCCCUGUCAUAUUGUGAAAGUCUAUUAUCUGCAAGGCUAAUAGUACACUUGUGUUACACUUCAAGGUGGUAAUUGGUGGCAGAAACAAGUACCUAAUCAAUGGAGUCAACGCCAACAACACCAGGGUGCAGGAUUUGUUCUGCUCUGUUGGCCUCAAUGUCAACAACCCCCACUUUCUCAUCAUGCAGGUUGGUAAUGAGUCUGAAGAAGUGUGUUUGGUUGUGCUUACAACAGUAUACAGCUUACUGUGAUGUCUGUAUUUUUCAGGGGAGGAUCACCAAAGUUCUCAACAUGAAGCCACCUGAGGUAAAACACACAUUGAUUGAUUUAUAUCUUACAGUGAGUACUUUGUGUACACAUUUUCUUGCUUUUUAUAGGGUAAGGCUAACGAACUGCUAUGUUUCUACAGAUCCUUGCCAUGAUUGAGGAGGCGGCAGGAACCAGGAUGUACGAGUGUAAAAAGAUAAGCGCUCAGAAAACCAUCGAAAAGAAAGAAGCAAAGCUGAAGGAGAUUCAGACUGUAUGUCCCAAAUGCAUGCUCAUCUUAAAUCUAUGUCCAUUCUGCAGUUCAAGGAUGAAACAUGUUAAACUAUUGAACAUUAAGUAUUUUUUUUUGUUUUUACUUUAAGAUUUUGGAUGAGGAAAUUACUCCAACCAUGCAAAAACUGCAAGAGGUAGGUGACCAGCAAAAUCAAAAGAUAUAAAUUUCCAGUUUAAGGAUGAUAGAUUUUCCAAUGCAUACCUGUUUCUAUGUUCUCAUUUCUCAUUUUCCCAAACCUUCCUCCCUCUUCAGGAACGGUCAUCAUACUUAGAGUACCAGAAACUGGUGCGUGAGAUCCAGCAUUUGUCCCGGCUGUAUGUGGCCUGGUUGUUUGUGUGUGCCGAGGAAACAAAACUCAAGUCAGCAGAGAACCUGAAGGGGAUGCAGGAUAACAUCACCAAGAUGCAGGAAUGCCUGGUCGAGAAUGAGAGCAAAGUCAAGGAGCUCUCAGCCCAGAUUCAGGAGCUGCAGCAGAAAAGAGACCAGGUAUGCUAAAAGACCAGGGUCAGAUGAGAUUAAGUGUCUUUUUUGAUGGCCCUCUUAUGAUUUUGGUGAGCUUUUAAGCUGUUUACUUGAACAUAUCAACAGUUUUCUCUAGAUGAUUUUGUUUAUAGUUUUGUUGUCCCUCAUUUGUAGAUUUCUUCUAAAUAGAUUUUAUUUCUUGGUUGUCAAAGGUUUUACUAGAGAAACAUGAAAUAUUCUCUGUAGUCCACUGAAAUUAUGAUUUUGCCAAACCACCUAAAGCAAAGGGAAUCUUGAGGCAAUAAACUUUGUCUUCACUGUUUUUCUACUCGUCUUCAGGAGGUGAAUGGAGUGUUGAAAUCCCUGGAGGAGGCUCUAACUGAUGUGCAGCGUGUAGAUGCAAAAGCUCAGAGUGCUCUUGAUCUGAAAAAACAGAACCUCAAAGAUGAAACCAAGAAAAGACAACAGCUUGUCAAGAGUAUGGAGGAGGUAAAAACACAGUAAAUUCACUGGUAAAUGCCUCCGACAUGUUGAUUCUUUGGUUGAAAUUCUUAAUGAAAAUCGAUGUUUCCUUUUAUCCAAAGGACAAGAAAAUGCUCACUGUGAAAGAAAAAGAGACUUCUAAGCAGACAGCGCAGCUCCAGGCUUUGCAAGAGGAGGGGCAGAAAGAUAGUGCAGCCCUGGAAGCAGCUGAGCAGCAUUUUAAGGCUGUGUCAGCAGGCCUUUCCACAAAUGAGGAUGGAGAGGAGGCCACGCUCGCUGGCCAGAUGAUGACCUGCAAGAAUGAUAUGAGCAAGGCUGACACUGAGGCCAAGCAGGUGAGAAAAGGACUCAAACAUAUCUGCCAGCCAUAUGAGGUUUCAUUGUUGCUGUGUCAGCUUAUCAAUUAAAAUUUAAUAGAAGUUUGAAGUACAAACAUCAAUACCUGGAUGAGUCUGAAAUCAGCAGGACAGACUGUUAAACUAAUUGUAAAGACAGUUUAAUCAAUCUUGUAUCUUAUCCGGUCACUGUCUUCUUUCCUCUUCAGGCCCAGAUGACCUUGAAACAUGCCCAGGCAGAGCUGAAGACCAAACAGGCUGAGAUGAAGAAGAUGGACAGUGGCUACAAGAAGGACCAGGAUGCCCUGCAGGCUGUCAGAAAUUGCAGAGAGAAACUGCAAGCUGAGCUAGCGAAACUCAACUAUGAAGGUACUGUGUGCAUGUGAGAGCUGGUUGGCCGGUGAACUCUUUAGGCUUUAAUCUGAUUGUAACUGCAGGCCUCAAAAACUGAUACAACUAUUGCAGCUGAGUUUAUAUGAACUGUUUAUACUAAAAACCAAGGUUUAAAAUGGCAUCCCUGCUGUACUUUCUAAUCUACCAUUUAUAAGGAUUAAUGUUAACAUUUAUAGAAAAAUAAAUGCAAAAAGGCUACUUUUAAAAAAAUAUAUAUAUCAGUGUCUACUCUGUUCUCAAAAAUGAAAAAAAAGUUUUGUUUGUCCAGAUUCUGCAUACAGAGCUUCUGUCGUUCCUUUUGCUACAUGUUUGAUAAGGAUAUUUGGGGUCUCUGUCUUUCUAAAUGCAGAUGGAAAGGAGGAGAGUCUGCUGGAGAGGAGGCGACAGCUGUCCAGAGAGGUCUCUAAACUCAAAGAGACCUAUGAGACUCUUAUGUCUCGCUUCCCCAAUUUGCGCUUUGACUACAAGUAAGGAUUUGUUGAAUGAAUCGCUUUAUCCGUUAUGUAUUUUGUCUGCACGUUGAAGUGUGUACAGUGGACAUUUUGAGACCCUCCACAACAACAGUGUGUUUUCAAAUAUUUUAGUUUGAGUCACAUUUUCUCAGUCCAGGCUAGGACAAUAGAGCUAUGAUAAUAGAACUUGUCACUCUUAAGAAUUCUAUGUGAGCCUGACUGAAACAGUUUUUGACUUCUGAGGAAUUUCACAAAACAAAAAUCGAAUGCACUUUGAUUUGUCUCACAGGGAUCCAGAGCGAGGAUGGGACCGUAGCAAAGUGAAGGGGCUGCUAGCAAACUUAAUAACAGUCCGUGAUGUCUCUUACUCGACUGGACUGGAGGUUGUUGCAGGAGGACGUCUCUAUAACAUCGUAGUUGACACAGAGGUAGGUGCAUUAGUAGUCAAUGUCUCACCUCAGAGCAAUAGUGCAGGUCUGAUAUGAUCAGCAAACCAUUUAGUCAGUGUAAGAGGAUUUUUUUCCUGUUGUUUUUGCUUAAUGCCAGGUUACGGGUAAAAAGCUGUUGGAGAAGGGAGAACUUCAGCGCAGGUACACCAUCAUCCCUCUGAACAAGAUCUCUGCCAAGACACUCAAUGACAGAGUGGUCAACGCUGCCAAGAACCUGGUGAGGGAUCGAAAGAGUUCCCCAAAUGAUUUUGAAACAUGAAACGGCCCUUUAACUCUGUCCCUCACUCAAUCCAAUCUCUGUCCAUUCUUUUUCUGUUUUCAGGUGGGAGAGAACAAUGUCCACACAGCUCUGUCUCUGGUAGGUUAUGAAUCGGACCUCCGUAAAGCCAUGGAAUAUGUCUUCGGCUCAACACUGGUGUGUGACACACUGGACAACGCCAAAAAAGUGGCUUUUGACAAGCAAGUGAUGACCAAGACUGUCACUCUGGGAGGGGACAUCUUUGACCCACAGGGAACUCUGAGCGGAGGUGAGAACUGUAGCAGAAUCAUGUAUUGGGAUUUUGUUUUUUGUUCUACACAAAAAAUGCCCAAUCACCAACAUAAACCCUCCUGACAGUCAUGCAAUGCAAAUCCGUUUGUGUUCCACGCUUUUCCCUCUCCAGGUGCUCGAUCCCAGUCAGCAUCAGUUCUGUCCAGCCUGCAGGAGCUGAAGGAGAUCCGGGACAGCUUGAAUGCGAGUGAAGCCCAGCUGCAGCAAACUGAACGAGAACUGUCCAGCCUCAAGGGAACCGCAGAGAGGUACGAUAUCAUUUUAGACACAGGAUAACUACGGAAUAAAGCGCUAUCACUGCAUGUAACUCAGCCACCCUUUAUAGUAGAUAUUACUUUUUGACAUAGUUACUGUUGUGGGUUUUUUUUUCCAUUUUCUUUACCUUUGAAUAAAUCACUAGAACGUGCAGUUUGUAAAUGCCUUCUUACUUUAUGUUUGAUGUAUAUUGCUUUUACAAAUCUUGUCCACUAGAGGGAGCUGAUAGGUUGACUUAUUCUAUUCACAUUCACAAAACUUUCUUAGAUUUAAGUUUAUUUCAUAAAUCCUUGCAACUCACAACACAGAAAACAGUUUUCACCUCUUAUGACUGUUACUCUCCCUGCAGGUACCAUCAGCUGAAGCAGCAGUGUGAGCUGAAGAUGGAGGAAGAGCAGAUUCUGCAGGCUAAAGUUCAGCAAAGCUCCUUCCACCAGCAACAAGAGGAGCUGGAGAGGCUGCGCAAAGCUAUCGGUAAGAAAUUUAAGAUAAAUCACUUCAUUGCAAAACAUUUGAUCUAAAAUCCUGUGUAUGUCCGGCUUUAUAACUUAUAAUUUUCUUGUGUGUUCAGAGGAGAGUGAGGAGACUCUGCGUAGCACCAAGGAGGUACAGAAACGGGCCGAAGAGAAGUAUAAGGUUUUAGAGAACAAGAUGAAGAAUGCUGAGGCAGAGAGGGAGAAGGAGCUGAAAGCUGCUCAGCAGAAACUUAAUGCAGCCAAGUCUAAAGCUGAUGCCUUCAACAAGAAGCUCAAGCAGAAGCAGCAGGUACAAAAAACAUGUUGAAUUCAGGUUUUUUUCUUGUUGUUGGUAUCCUACGGUGGUAAGAUUCUGGUGAACCGGCCUAACGUGUCGUCUUUUUCUCGUGCAAACAGGAGUCUGAAGCCGUGGCCCUGGAGCUGGAGGAGCUGCGGAGGGAGCAGGCGGGCUAUGAGCAACAGAUUCAGGCUGUAGAUGAAGCCAUGAAGGCCAUCCAGGAGCAGAUAGACAGCAUGGCUUCUACUGUUUCACAGAACAAGGUAUUUGUUGUUAAAACUACGUCACACAGAGAUCUGACUGAUUAUUGAUCUGGGGACAGUUCUGCUCUCCCAAAUCUGAGGUUAACAAGAGUAUUUGCCUGAUCUUUGUGCAGGAGGCUGUGCGUAAAGCUCAGGAGGAGCUCGCCAAACAAAAAGAAGGGAUCAUGGCUCAGGACAAAGAGCUCAAGGCAAGUCCAAAUUAUCUCGAUGUUUUAAGUUCUACACUUUUGUUUAAGGACUUUAGUCAAGACUCUUAAAAAAUGCAUCAAAUCAUAAUAUUGUUAACGCCUGUCAGCCUUUCCUUGGAGAUGAUCUUUCCUUACACUCUACUGAAGACGUUAAUUUUUCUGAUAGUUUUCUUUUCACUUGCUUAGUUUUCUAGUUAAAGCAUUUGAUGUCUAAACUCAGGCAAAGAACUCAGAAGCAAACAAAAUAAGGGAGCAGAACAACGAAGCCCAGCUGAAGAUUAAAGAACUGGAGCAUAACAUCAGCAAGCACCGCAAGGACAGCCAGGAAGCUGCUCACAAGGUACAUGUACAUCCAUUCUGUCUUCUUUUUUUCAAUAAGUUUAGACCAUUUUUUGUCGUCCCCUAAUGUUUUAUCUUCCCCAUCAAGAUCAGUUCAACUUUUCAUCUCACCUUCACUUUUAUUAAUUUCUUACCCCAGGUGUCCCAGAUGCUGGAGGAACAUGACUGGAUCCAGACUGAGCGUCAGUACUUUGGCAAGCCCAAUACGUCCUAUGACUUUAAGACCAACAACCCCAAAGAAGCUGGACAACGGCUGAAGAAGCUGGAGGAGACCACCACCAAGCUGGAGAGAAACGUCAACAAGAGGGCCAUGAACAUGCUGAACGAGGCAGAAGAGAGGGUGAGGAUAGAGAUAUUAAGGAGGCUUAGGUUGGUUAAUUUUCUGUGCAUACGACGUGUUUCAAGCAGCUGUUGUCCCUUCUCUAGUAUAAUGACCUCAUGAAGAAGAAGAGGAUCGUGGAAAACGACAAGGCGAAAAUUCUGCAGACCAUCGAGGAGCUGGACCAAAAGAAGAAUGAGGCUCUGAACUUGGCAUGGCAGAAGGUCAGCUCUUUCCUGCCAACCAUUAUCAUACUUUCUUUUAGGGCAAACAUGUGCAAAUACAUUAUGACUGAAUAUACAGUUACAUUAUUUUUUUUUUUUCAGGUGUUGGUUUAGUUGGCCUUUUUGCUCUUCAGAUCAAAUGGACAUUAUUAAUUUGUCAUAUAACCCGGCAAUAUAAUCUGUGUCUGGAAAUUACAUCAAUCUUUACUGAAAUAUGGAGAUGUACAAUGUCAUGAAUGUGACAGCAACUUGACUCUGAAGUGAAUUUGUAUUAUAUUGUAGUUAUUGCUUACACUUUGUUAUUCAUCCUCUCUGUAGGUGAACAAGGACUUUGGCUCUAUUUUCUCCACCUUGCUGCCAGGAGCCACCGCUAAGCUGGCUCCCCCACAGGGCUGCGGCGUCUUGGAUGGCCUUGAGUUCAAAGUAGCCUUAGGAAACAUCUGGAAGGAAAACCUCACUGAGCUCAGUGGAGGGCAAAGGUUAGUAAAAACAUCAUCAAUAUUUGUAAAAUUAAGAACAAUUUCAAAGUUUUUCAUGUCAGGUCCUUUGGCAUUAAUCAAGUUUUCUAAUCUCCCUUUUUUCUUGUUUCAGAUCACUGGUGGCAUUGUCUCUCAUUCUCGCCAUGCUGCUGUUCAAACCUGCUCCUAUCUACAUCUUAGAUGAAGUGGACGCUGCCCUUGAUCUCUCUCAUACGCAAAACAUCGGACAGAUGCUGCGUACACAUUUUAGGCACUCCCAGGUAUGUUUAAAAAAUAACUUCAUACAGCUUCCUUUAUUAACCUGAAAUUGAUUCAAGGGAUCUGUUCUCAUGUGACACAACUCGUAGCCACAGGUGGUUUUUUCAGUGAACAGAUUAGCCACAUUUACGAGUUAUAGAGGCAUCAAUGUGUAAACCCUACAUGAAACAUCCUCUCAUGUCAUAUCGUGUUUCAUUUCUUUCUUUCAGUUUGUCGUGGUUUCCCUUAAGGACGGCAUGUUCACCAACGCCAACGUCCUUUUCAAGACCAAGUUUGUUGACGGCAUGUCCACGGUUACACGCACUGCGCUCAGCCAAAGUGAAACCAACCUUCCACAAAAAGGCCAAGAAAAGGCUCGCCAGAAAGACAAGCGGCACAAACAGCUUAUUGGCUAACUCUUGCACUGAAACAGCUUAUCAAUCACAGCGACGCUGCUCCUGUAUUUCCAUCUUUGAAACCAUAUCGCCUAAAAUGACAGGUUCUACUAUUAACGUCUGCUAUCAUUUGUCUAUAUUUUUGUAUUUCCUGGGGAGUAGAAAGUGAGAUGUUCGCUAAAAUCUUUGUGUAAUUUUAACUGUUAUAUCUGUAAAUUUCUUGGCUUUUCUUAACUGUGCUUGUCUCUUUUUAUGGUCUUUUUCAUGUACUUAUGCAACAAAUCUUCAGUUUUAUUUGUGCAUAUAUUUUAGUAAAUAAAGCAAGUUUAGUAUAAA